CUCUCCUAGCUGUCAAACCAUUCCCUCGCGGCCUCACCCGUUCCUUUUAAUAGAUAGACUAUCUUGCCACCUUUCUAACACAAACACUAAGUUCAACCUUAGCACAACAUAGAAUUAUAAAAUAGGGUGAGAAAAAAGGAUCAUAACUUCACACUAAUACUCUCACACUUACAAUACUUCAUUAGCACAAAAAAAAAAAACUACAUACUUACAUAUAGCAACUUUCAAUAAAAAUAGGAGGGACAAUUAUAAAUCAAGAAUAGUAACACGAUCAAGCAUACGUGAAAGACAUGAUCAAACAAAGAGAAAACAAACUAUUAGGAGGAGCAACUUCAUCAACAGAUCUCUUAGUAUGUUUCCCAUCAAGACCUCAUCUUACUCUCAUGCCCAAGCCCAUUUGCAGCCCAGCUAGAGCUUCCGACUCAUCCAAACGCCACCACCACCUAAAAAGGAUCAACACUCGGCCCGCCUCCGCCGCAUCCGCAGGCCCUAACAGCCCACUUGUAUGGGCUAAAAACAACCAAAUGCGGCCUGAAAUAGCCGAGCCUACGUCCCCGAAGGUCACCUGCGCAGGGCAGAUCAAAGUCAGGCCCAGAUCAUCUACUGCUUGUAGAAACUGGCAGUCUGUAAUGGAGGAGAUUGAGAAGAUUCAUAAUCGUGGUAAAAACAAGAAGAAAUCUAAAUUGGUAGAAAACUUUGGGUUUAAGAAAGAUGUUAUGAAUUUUCUUACUUGUUUGAGGAAUAUAAGGUUUGAUUUUCGAUGUUUUGGCGCGUUUCCUCAACCUGAUAUGCUAUCUGAUGAUGAAGAGGAAGACGAAGAAGAAGAUGAUGAGUUCGAAGUCGAUGAGGUUCAGAUUGGUCACGAUGUUCAUGGAAAUAACUUCAUUACUAAAAAUACUAAUGAUGAUGAUAAUAGUAAAGUUUUUUCUAAAUGGUUCAUGCUAUUACAGGAAAACCAGGUGAAAAAUAUUACAAGUGCUACAAUAAGUAAGAAAAUAAUAUUACAAGAGGAGAUUGAAAAUGACGAAAAUGCCCCUGCGGUGCCACCGGCUAAUGCUCUGUUACUGAUGAGGUGUAGGUCUGCACCUGCAAAGAGUUGGCUGGAGGAGAGAGAAAUUGAAGCAAAAGAAGAGGAAAAAACAGAAGAAGUGAUCAAAAAGGAAAAAGAUGAAGAAAAAGUUAAGAAAAAUAAAAGAGAAAGUUUGGGAAUUUUGAUGAAAUAUGAUGCAGAUUUUUAUAAUUUAUCUUCAGAAAUUGCUCAAGAAACUUGGGUUGGUGGUGGAUUUAAAGAUGCUUUUUCCAGGAGUAGAAGUUGGAGGAGGUGAUCUUCAUUCUCUUUUUUUUUUUUUUUUUUAAUAUAAUUUUACUACAUAUAAUAAUUUUUCUCUUUUUUUGUGGGUAUUUAUUUCUUUGUUUUUGGUUUUCUUCUUGAAUUAAGGUGUGGGUUUUGCAAAAUCUAAUUUUACAAUUUUUGGUUUUCUUUUUUAUGUUUUUUUUCCUUGUAAAUGAUUAUUUUCUCUUUCAAAUCUUUGUGUUGUAAGAAUUAUGAUAUUGUACAGUUGCUAAUUUCUUUGUAAGUUGGGUAACAUUUUAAAUUAUCAAGUUGAAUAGAGAAAUAUAUUUUGGUAA